GAGCAGCCUCUGCCAGGAGCUAAUAUGGCUCCCAUAGUUACACCAUCCUCUCUCCUCCCUUAAUCAGCGACUUGACUGCCCAGACCAGGCUACCGAUCAGGAGCGAAGUGUCCUUUGUCCUUCCUGACCGCAACUAUAGGAGCGAUUGAAAUCGGGAGGCACCUCGCAGAGUUGAAUUUCAUAACCAGGGAAACACCACUUCCGCUGACGUCAUUACGGCGACACGUGGAUCCAAGAUGGCGGCGGCGAUGGUGAGUGAAGGAGACUCCGGGAGCCAGAGCUGGAGCGGGGUUCUCCGGGAGAUCUCAGGACCUUCCGGUGCCCCGUGCCUGGCCCAAGCGACCUCCGGAACCCCUAGCUCAGGCGAUUGGUUGCUGUGGUUACUGCUCCUCCUUUCCCUCACGUACGAAACAAGAGCCUUCUAUGUCCCUGGGGUGGCGCCAAUCAACUUCCACCAGAACGACCCUGUAGAAAUCAAGGCUGUGAAGCUCACCAGCUCGCGAACCCAGCUACCUUAUGAGUACUACUCACUGCCCUUCUGCCAGCCCAGCAAAAUAACCUACAAGGCAGAGAAUCUGGGAGAGGUGCUGAGAGGGGACCGGAUUGUCAACACCCCUUUCCAGGUUCUCAUGAACAGUGAAAAGAAGUGUGAGGUUCUGUGUAGCCAGUCCAACAAGCCAGUGACCCUGACCGUGGACCAGAGCCGGCUCGUGGCUGAGCGGGUCAUGGAGGACUACUACGUCCACCUCAUUGCCGACAACCUGCCUGUGGCCACCCGGCUGGAGCUCUACUCCAACCGUGACGGCGAUGACAAGAAGAAGGAAAAAGAUGUGCAGUUUGAACAUGGCUACCGGCUUGGCUUCACGGAUGUCAACAAGAUCUACCUGCACAAUCACCUCUCGUUCAUCCUUUAUUACCACCGGGAGGACGUGGAAGAAGACCAGGAGCACACAUACCGUGUCGUCCGCUUCGAGGUGAUUCCCCAGAGCAUCAGGCUGGAGGACCUCAAAGCAGAUGAGAAGAGUUCGUGCACCCUGCCUGAGGGUACCAACUCCUCGCCCCAAGAAAUUGACCCCACCAAGGAGAAUCAGCUGUAUUUCACCUACUCUGUACACUGGGAGGAAAGUGACAUCAAAUGGGCCUCUCGCUGGGACACUUACCUGACCAUGAGUGAUGUGCAGAUCCACUGGUUUUCCAUCAUUAACUCGGUCGUGGUGGUCUUCUUCCUGUCAGGUAUCCUGAGUAUGAUUAUCAUUCGGACCCUCCGGAAGGACAUCGCCAACUACAACAAGGAGGAUGACAUUGAAGACACCAUGGAAGAGUCUGGGUGGAAGCUGGUGCAUGGUGAUGUCUUCAGGCCCCCCCAGUAUCCCAUGAUCCUCAGCUCCCUGCUGGGCUCCGGCAUUCAGCUCUUCUGUAUGAUCCUCAUCGUCAUCUUUGUCGCCAUGCUUGGGAUGCUGUCGCCCUCCAGCCGGGGAGCUCUCAUGACCACCGCCUGCUUCCUCUUCAUGUUCAUGGGGGUGUUUGGUGGAUUUUCCGCUGGCCGUCUGUACCGCACUCUGAAAGGCCAUCGGUGGAAGAAAGGAGCCUUCUGUACAGCGACGUUGUACCCUGGCGUGGUUUUCGGCCUCUGCUUUGUACUGAACUGCUUCAUCUGGGGAAAGCACUCAUCAGGAGCGGUGCCCUUCCCCACCAUGGUGGCCCUGCUGUGCAUGUGGUUCGGGAUCUCCCUGCCCCUCGUCUACCUGGGCUACUACUUCGGCUUCCGCAAGCAGCCGUAUGACAACCCUGUGCGAACCAACCAGAUUCCCCGGCAGAUCCCUGAGCAGCGGUGGUACAUGAACCGAUUUGUGGGCAUUCUCAUGGCUGGGAUCCUGCCCUUUGGUGCCAUGUUCAUCGAGCUUUUCUUCAUCUUCAGCGCAAUCUGGGAGAAUCAGUUCUAUUACCUCUUUGGCUUCCUGUUCCUCGUCUUCAUCAUCCUGGUGGUGUCCUGCUCGCAGAUCAGCAUUGUCAUGGUGUACUUCCAGCUGUGUGCAGAGGAUUACCGCUGGUGGUGGAGGAAUUUCCUAGUCUCCGGGGGAUCUGCGUUCUACGUCCUGGUCUAUGCCAUCUUUUAUUUUGUUAACAAGCUGGACAUCGUCGAAUUCAUCCCCUCUCUCCUCUACUUUGGCUACACGGCCCUCAUGGUCCUGUCCUUCUGGCUCCUCACGGGCACCAUCGGCUUCUAUGCAGCCUACAUGUUUGUCCGCAAGAUUUAUGCUGCUGUGAAGAUAGACUGAUGGGGGUGGACCCUGGCCAGGCCCACUCCGUCCAUGGACAGGAAGCCACCCUGCGUGGAGAACUGCAGGCACGCAAAAUAAAAUAACUCCUGCUCGUUUGGAAUGUAACUCCUGGCACAGUGUUCCUGGAUCCUGGGGCAGCGUGGGGGGCGGGAGGGCCUAUAGAUAAAUCUUACAUUUUUCUUCAUCAUAUUCCAGUUCCAUGAGGGAUGAGGUUUUUGUGCGUUGUUUUCUCUUCAGUGCUAAGAAAGUUCCCUCUAGCAGGAACUCUCGGACCUGUUUACCCAAGUUUAUUUUUCAUUUGGAGUUUUUUCCUUAGUUUUUUUUAACAAAUGGAUCCAGCGUGGACAAGUCCACCGAGACACUGGGUUUUGGUCACUGUCUCCACCUCAGUUCCUCAGGGCUGUUGGCCACCCCACGACUAACUGGAAAAGGAAACGCCGAGCCUUCUGGGGCUUCAGUGAGAUUUCCGAGCCUCUCACCGCCUGCCCUCACCAUUGAUGCCGUGAAAAGCACACUCUGGUCCAGACACGCAUUCUCAGUGCCAACUAGCCUCUGCCAGCCCUUUCCCUCCCUCUUCUGUCCUCCCAGCCUCCUCCCUGGGCUGCUCGAGGCAGGGCUUCCAGCCAGGCCCCCAGGUUUCUUGUCACCAGAAGCAAGCCCAAAUCUCGGUUGCUACAAGGAAAUCCCGUGGAUGCACUGGAGGCAAGUGCCCCAGGACAGCAGGACUCACCCCUGCUCAGAGCAGCAGGAGUUUGCUGGACCAGAGGAGAGACAUGCAGUGAACUGUUUUUGUGCCAAGAAGCCCUGGAUCCGAGGCCAGGUAUUUCCAGAGCCAAGCCAGUGUCUACGUGUCUGUCUGGGCUGAGGGUCUCACCCCUCAGGAUUGCUCCCCAGCCUUUUCCUCGGGGGGUUGCUGCUGUUUGCAAAGUGUGCUGGUGGCGAAACCCCCCUUUCCCACUUCUAGGGCAGAACAAGGUCUGGAAACCUCAGAUCCCUUCCUUUAAGUGGCUGGGGAGAGGCAUUCCCUCCCUGACAUCCCCCAGCCGCAGUGCUCGUGCACAGCUCUUUUAGCUAGACCCAUCCCCUCCUUCCUCUCCCCCUCCCAUCUGAGUUCUUGCCUCCUAUGGGGAACACCCAGAAAAUUGCUGGUGAGAAGGGAGAUGGAAGGCAAGUUCUGUCAUUCCUUCCCCGUUUCCCAGGAAUAGACAAGGAGCCCCGUCUUCCCAAGUUAGAAAAAGGGAGCUAACAUGGCAGGCUUGGCUCCACCAUCAGUACCCACUCUUGGGGCCAACCUCCUGCCCACCCUGUGCAUGUCACAAACACUUGCUCUUAAAUUGCAAGAGACCAAACCUACCCUGGGAUUAGGGUUUAAGGAACAGCCUCUCACCUUUGUUCCAGCUCCUUGGGGAAUCCCACCACAGACAAAGCUCAGGAUGCUGGUUAAGCUAGGAACACAUUCUACCCCCUCCCCCUUUCCAGAUUCUUCCAACAGUCUUUACCACCUCUACCAAUCAAACCAGUGAACUUCCCAACCUUGCGUCACAGUAACUCUGCAGUGCCAAGCGGCGGCCACCAAGAAUCAGUUGGAGAAAAGGGAACCCAAGCAGUAAGAGAAUGAUAAUGGAGUCUUUUGUUUAUUCAGAUCUUGGAUUUUUUCCCCUAGGAGAUUGUCUUUUGGGGCGAGUAGGAAAAUGAACUUAUAAAGUGUUUAAACAGCAUCGAUUUUUCUGACUUUUUUAAUCAUCAUCAUUAUUAUUUUUAAUUAAAAAAAAUGCCUGUAUGCCUUUUUUGGUCCAAUUGUAAAUAAAUAUGCCAUUGUCCUGUU